AUGAUCUUAAAGGUCAACAUGGAUUUGUGGUUCUUUCUCCUUUUGCUCGGAAGUGGCCUGAUAAGCGUAGGUGCUAACAACGUUACGACAGAGCCACCCACGACAGUGCCCACCUCUCCCAGGAGCCCCACCAAAGCUUCUACAGCACGUCCUGAAGAUGGGACUACGACGAGCGCAAACAGCCUCAACAUUAGCACUCCAGUGACUGUUUCUACCAUGGUGUCAAAGCCACCUACAACCACAGCCACCAGGAUCUCCCCCAACACCACCACUGCCAGCCUCAACACCUCCACCCUGGGGACAACUGUGCCCAUGCCUCCAGCCACCUCCCUGCUACCCAGCGUGACGCCGUCUGCUCCGCACACUGCUCUCCCCAGCACAGAAGCAGAGGCGACGGAGAGGAAUUUCAGUGCGAUGGUGACAACGCAAGAGACCUCUUCUGCUGCCCACAAUGGUAACUCUGACAGAAGAGAUGAGACUCCAAUUAUAGCUGUGAUGGUGGCCCUGUCUUCCCUUCUAGUCAUAGUAUUUAUUAUUAUUGUGCUGUACAUGUUAAGGUUCAAGAAAUACAAGCAAGCAGGGAGUCACUCCAACUCCUUUCGCUUGUCCAAUGGCCGGACGGAUGAUGCAGAGCCUCAGAGCAUGCCGCUGCUCGCCCGCUCCCCCAGCACCAACCGUAAAUACCCGCCUCUGCCCGUCGAUAAGCUGGAAGAGGAGAUCAACCGCCGGAUGGCAGAUGACAACAAGCUCUUUCGGGAGGAGUUCAACGCUCUCCCAGCGUGUCCCAUACAGGCCACGUGCGAAGCUGCUUCCAAGGAGGAGAAUAAGGAGAAGAACAGAUACGUGAACAUUUUGCCCUAUGAUCAUUCCAGGGUUCACCUGACUCCUGUCGAGGGAGUUCCUGACUCCGACUACAUCAAUGCCUCCUUCAUUAAUGGGUACCAAGAGAAAAACAAGUUCAUUGCUGCACAAGGACCAAAGGAAGAAACCGUGAAUGAUUUUUGGAGGAUGAUUUGGGAGCAAAACACCGCAACAAUUGUCAUGGUGACCAACCUGAAAGAGAGGAAGGAGUGUAAGUGUGCUCAGUACUGGCCGGAUCAGGGCUGCUGGACGUACGGGAACAUCCGAGUGUCCGUGGAGGACGUGACUGUCCUGGUGGAUUACACCGUGCGGAAGUUCUGCAUCCAGCAGGUCGGCGACGUCACAAACAAGAAGCCUCAGCGCCUGGUGACUCAGUUCCACUUCACCAGCUGGCCCGACUUCGGGGUCCCCUUCACCCCCAUCGGGAUGCUGAAGUUUCUGAAGAAGGUGAAGACGUGUAAUCCCCAAUACGCAGGAGCAAUAGUUGUGCACUGCAGCGCCGGGGUAGGACGCACGGGCACUUUUAUCGUCAUCGAUGCCAUGCUGGACAUGAUGCACGCGGAGAGGAAGGUGGACGUUUACGGCUUCGUGAGCCGGAUCCGGGCUCAGCGCUGCCAGAUGGUACAGACAGAU